AUGUGUCAAAGAGAAGAGCCAGACCUUUGGACCCUGGGAAACGGCGAGACGCGAUGGAGCGCAUGGGAACAGAGCCAGCGAGAAAGACGGAGGAAAACCAAUUCAUAUCAACCGCCAGCACUGGGGAACAGGGGUAGUCGCUGCGGCUCUGGCAGAGUGGCACUCGAUGGCAUUCAUCCCAUCUGGUCGGUGCGAACUGGUCCCUGCGUUUUGACCACUUGUCAACUAAACAUGUCAAAACAGAAUGCAGAGAGUGGCGUGAAGGCACAUGUCAAAGCGACAGGAGCCUCGAGCGCUGCCAGGAUAUGUCACAUGCACUGCCGUCUCAGCAUUCGAGUCGGUGGUUUCGGUCUAGGUAGCCCGAGUCGUGCACUCGUGACUUUCCACUUCCGAACGUUCCAGCAGGGCUCCGAACAUCGCAACCGCGGAGAGAUGCCAAGUGUGUCCAGCGUUGGACACUUUCCUUCGACAGCCGGAAGAAGUAGGUGCCCGGUCCGGCCUCAGCCCCUGCACGGACCUAGCACGACACGACGACGACAAUGGCUCUCCAAGAUGAUCUGCGCCGACAGCAUUUUGCUUCCAUUUCCGCACUCCCGUCCGCCCGGCAUACUGGUGAGGAUGCAGAUACAGUUGCAGUUGCAGUCGGUUGCAGGGAACUUGAAUUUAACACUAAAAUAG